AUGGCGGCAUAUCUGAGAAACAGAAAAAUUUCACACUUAUUCUCUCCAACUCGCUUUCUGAACUCACCGAGUUUCACUCGUCCGAGAUGGAUUGAAACCAUUGCCUACGAAGAAUCACGUGCUCAACCGGACAAACCCUACUCUUCCACAGCCGUAAUCAUCCAUGGCUUUUUGGGAUCCAACAGAAAUUGGAGAUCCUUCUCUCGGAAUCUUUUGGCCACUCUCUCCAAUUCCUCCCCCUCUUCCAAUUGGAGGACGGUGUCGAUUGAUAUGAGGAACCAUGGGAAAUCAGCGGAGAGGAAGCUGGAUCCGCCUCAUAAUUUGGAGAAUGCGGCUAAAGAUUUGGCUGAUUUGGUAAAGGUUGAAGGUUGGUCUUGGCCUGAGGUUGUUAUUGGACACUCCAUGGGUGGAAAAGUGGCUCUACAGUUUGCUCAUAGUUGUAGAAGUGGUGAAUAUGGUGAUUCUGCCCAAUUGCCUAAACAGCUUUGGGUAUUGGAUUCUGUCCCGGGAGAAGUGUACUCUGAAAACAAAAGCGAUGAAGUCCGCAGUGUUUUAAUGACUUUGGAAAGUUUACCGUCACAAAUCCCAUCUCGAAAGUGGCUUGUGAGUCAUCUGAUGGGUCUUGGUUACUCUAAGACACUUGCAGAUUGGAUAGGCACCAACCUGAAGAAAGAGGGUGAUCACGAGACAUGGAUAUUUGAUCUUCAAAGUGCUAAGGAGAUGUUCGAUUCUUACUGGAAAAGGUCCUAUUGGAGUCUAUUGGAGAACCCUCCAAAAGGUAUGGAAAUAGUAAUUGUGCGUGCUGAAAAGAGUGAUAGAUGGGACCAAGAGGCUAUCGAGCGGAUUCAAAAACUAGCUAGUCAAGGAGGAACUGAUUCUGCUGGAAAGGUUUCCUUCUGUGUUCUUCCAAAUGCUGGUCAUUGGGUUCAUGUUGACAACCCAAAGGGACUUCUUGAGAUCGUGGCUUCCAAGAUGGCAUCCCUAUAG